AUGGCUCGUACUAAGCAGACUGCUCGUAAGUCCACUGGAGGAAAGGCUCCUAGGAAGCAGCUAGCCACCAAGGCUGCCCGUAAGUCUGCUCCCACAACUGGAGGAGUGAAGAAGCCUCACCAUUACCGCCCUGGAACUGUUGCUCUUCGUGAGAUCCGCAAGUACCAGAAGAGCACGGAGCUGCUCAUCAGGAAGCUUCCAUUCCAGAGGCUUGUUAGGGAGAUUGCCCAGGACUUCAAGCCCCCUCGCUCGUGUACUGUUGCCGCUGCUCCUGCUAUUUUCUGCUGCCUGCUGCCGCAUACUGCUGCUGCUCGCCAGAUGCCGCAGGUACUCACUGCUGCUGCUACUCUUGCACUGCUGCUGCUGAUGCUACUCGUUAUGGAAUUCAUUAUGGAAUUUGGUGCAGUGUACCAUCAGUCACAGCUGCUGAGUUAG